AUGAUGAUGAUGAUGGAGCUUUCAAGUCGAACCAGUGCUAGGACCAGCUCCAUCAUGGUCGAUGAAUAUUACGACGACAAGGACGUCGUUGAUGACGAUUCAAUAAUAAUUACGUCCACCUCCCCAAGUCUUGAAUUGGAAAUACCCUUGGACCCAGUUGUUGGGCGAUCUCACGAUCACGAUCAUGAGCACGAACAUGAAUUCCGUUCCAUGAACGCCUUGGAGAUCUUGAGAGAAACAGUUCGCAUCCUGCGCUUUAAUUUCAUGGGUUUCAUAGGUAUAACCGUGCUGCUUAUAUGCCCAGUGACGGCCAUAAUAUUGUCAAAUGUUCUGGUGGAUUCCUCUGUAGCCAGGCGAUUGAGUAUAAGGCUGUUGUUGCUUGCCCAGAGCAGUGGACUCCCCAUCAGGCAUUUCAUCAAGCAGUCCUGCUACAAGUUUGCAGAAACAUCAAUCUCCUCCGUCGUCUGCUUUCCGCUCAACCUCACCUUAUCCCUCUUGUCUAAAGCUGCAGUUGUUUACUCCGUUGAUUGUGCCUACUACAGAAAGAAGUUCGAUUCCUUGAAAUUUUACCUGAUAAUGGCAAAGAUUUGGAGACGCCUCGCCUCUACCUACUUGUGGGUGUGUAUGGUGAUAUCUGGCUGCCUCACAUCCUUCAUAAUUCUGCUUGUAGCCGUCUGCAGUUUGUUCUCCGCAGUUGGGUUUGGGGCAGACGCUGUAGUUUAUGUAUCGAUUGGACUGGGGCUUAUCUUCUCAAUAGUAUUUGCAAAUGCUCUUAUAAUUGGCAGCAUUGCGGUGGUGAUAUCGGUGUUGGAGGAUGUCUCUGGGCCAGAGGCUCUGCAUGGGGCUAGCUUGCUGAUAAGAGGACAGACUCAGGUGGGUCUUUUGAUAUUUCUCGGAUCCACCAUGGGGAUGGCCUUUGUCGAAGGAUUGUUCGAGCACAGAGUCAAGACGCUUAGCAGCAGCAGUUUUGAUGCAGCUUCCUCAAGAAUAUGGGAAGCCCCUCUUCUGGCAGUAAUGUAUUCAUUUGUGGUGCUUGUUGAUUAUAUGAACAACGCCGUUUUCUACUUCAGCUGUAAGUCUUAUCGGAUGGAGAAUUCCCCCACUGGGGAAUGCCGCCAUUCCUCCUUGGAGGCCAUGGCCAUUUCUUCACCCUUCUCUGACUCAGAGCAGCAUUAACCAAUUAUUACUAUUCAUUUUAUAUCACCAACCAAAAGAAGGAGAAGAAGAAAAACAAGAAGAAGCUACAGAGAAACUGCAGGUUAACAAAUUUCCUUCUUUUUUUUUCUUGUAUGUAUAUAUGUAUGCCUACUUCUUAUUCUCUUAUAAUUAGCUAGCUAGUUUUUUUUCUUAGCCAGUACUGAGUUUUUCC